GGCGGUUCUAUAAGAGGCGUAGGGUGCUGCGCACACAGAGCCUGGCCUCUCUAAGGAGGGCUGCAGCCUCUCGCUCCACACCCCGGAAAAGCCCUGGCUGGGCGUCCGAGUCAAUUCGGUUCAGCGAUGAUCGGAUAACGGAGGCACAUCAAGGAAUAAAUCCCUCCUCGCCAGCCGCGUUGAUCUCAUCGCUGGGGCUCCUUCCCUACAUAUUUAUGCUGCCUUUCCCUCUCCCCGCGAAGAGACACUCGGUGCUUGCAGGGGAGGAGAGAGAGAGAGAGAGAGAGAGAGGAGGGGGGACUGGGGGAAGCUACUUAUUCCUCCCCCGGCGCGGGAGAGCGGCGCAGCCACCCCAAUUUGUGGGGGAAGGGGGAAAUCCACCUUGGCCGGCCAAAGGCGGCUCCUCUGCUGGAAGAAGAUACAGAAGCUCAAGAUCCAUUCAGAGCCUAAAAACUAGACUGUGGAGAUGUCUGUGAAGUGAGCCAGUUCCCAAGCACAAGAUCAAGGGAUGGUCCGAGGCUGUCAUGUUUCCUCUCAAAUGUCUUGUCCCUGUGUCUCUCUUCAGCAGAGAGAUGCCUAGUUCUGCGCCUGCUUCUGCCAGCCCAGCCUCCUGUUGGUGACACACUCUUGCUGUCCCAGUGAAGGUUAUCCGGGCUGCUGGCAUCAUUACCGUACAAAAGAGAGAGAGGAGGGAGGAAUGAAUGAAUGAAAUUAUGCUGCUGAAGACAGAGCUGGAACUAAUGUGCAACGACUGAUGCUCUGCAGAUUUUGCAAUAAGGCAAGUCAUUCCAGAGCCAACAAGUUCCUCCUUGCAAGCAGAGGUAAACUGUGCUCUCUUCUCAGCUGCUAAUCUCUCUGCUCAGCGGUGGGCUAGUCUGUGCUCAGUGGGUCUAGAGGUCUUGGGCUGCAGGCUAGAAGACCAAGGGCUACCAUGGAAGAGAACAUGUUCAGUGUGCAGCAGAUACAGCCAAAUGUCAUUUCGGUGAGACUCUUCAAGCGUAAGGUUGGGGGUCUCGGGUUCCUGGUGAAGGAACGAGUCAACAAGCCCCCGGUAAUCAUCUCUGACCUGAUUCGGGGAGGGGCAGCUGAGCAAAGCGGCCUCAUCCAGGCUGGGGACAUUAUCCUGGCAGUCAAUGGCCGGCCCCUGGUGGACAUGAGCUAUGAGAGUGCCCUGGAGAUCCUGAGGAGCAUCGCUUCGGAAACCUAUGUGGUUCUGAUCCUGAGAGGUCCUGAGGGCUUCACCACUCACCUGGAGACCACUUUUGCCGGUGAUGGGAUGCCAAAGACUGUUAGAGUAACCAGACCUUUGUGCCUAACUGCCAAAGUGGUCGACUUGUCCAAUCCAAGUAUCAACAGCAGAGAUGUGCAGCAGGGUGCAGACCAUACCAUGGGCUCGGCUAGUUCAGCAUGGGCCAGGGAGAACAGGAAGGAAGCAGAGUCCCUUGUGCACGUCAAUGGUGUGAUUACCAGCACUAAAGGCGAGGACGGGAAGGGAAGGGACAAUGCCGGUGCCAAUCCUUGCCUGAACGGUGGGGUCGAAAACAAUGAGCUGCUAAAAGAAAUAGAGCCAGUCCUGAAACUCCUGAAAAGCGGUAGUAAGGAACUCAAUGGAGACACGCCAACCAAGGUGGAGACAAGAGAUAUAGAAGUCCAGGUGGACUGUUUCAGGGAAGUGGACAAGUCCCAGAAACCCACGCCAACCGGGAUGGAAAAUGACCAAGUUUUCAAUGACCUGUGGGGGAAGAGCGACACGCCCAUCGUCCUGAACAACCCCUACUUGGAAAAGGAGCAGCCACCGCCAUCUGGCAGACAGUCCCCAACUAAGAACUUGGUGAAUGGAAGCCCUUCUAAGUGCCCACGUUUUGCCAAAGUCAAGAACUGGGAGACUGGCUCAGUGCUUCAUGACACUUUACAUCUCAAGACAGCCAUGGCCAGUGCGUGCACAAAGCAGAUCUGCAUGGGCUCAAUAAUGACACCCACCCAGCAUGUCCGGAAACCAGAAGACACCAGGACAAAAGAGCAGCUGCUCCCCUUGGCUAAGGACUUCAUUGAUCAAUACUACUCCUCCAUAAAGAGGUUUGGCUCCAAGGCCCACAUGGAGAGGCUGGAAGAAGUGACCAAGGAGAUUGAAACCACAGACACUUACCAGCUGCGGGACACAGAGCUGAUCUACGGAGCAAAGCACGGCUGGCGCAAUGCAUCCCGCUGCGUAGGCAGGAUUCAAUGGUCCAAGCUACAGGUGUUUGAUGCCCGAGACUGCACCACAGCUCAUGGGAUGUUCAAUUACAUCUGCAACCACAUCAAAUACGCCACCAACAAAGGGAACCUCAGGUCUGCUAUCACCAUAUUCCCCCAGAGGAUGGAUGGCAAGCAUGACUUCCGAGUCUGGAAUGCCCAGCUCAUCCGCUAUGCUGGCUACAAGCAGCCAGACGGUACCGUUCUGGGGGACCCAGCCAACGUGGAGCUCACAGAGAUCUGCAUCCAGCAAGGGUGGAAGGCUCCUAAGGGGCGAUUUGAUGUCCUGCCACUUCUCCUCCAGGCCAACGGCAAUGAUCCCGAGCUCUUUGAGAUCCCCCCAGAGCUGGUGCUGGAAGUACCCAUCCGGCAUCCCAAGUUUGCCUGGUUUAAGGACCUGGGGCUGAAGUGGUAUGGUUUGCCAGCGGUGUCCAACAUGCUGCUAGAGAUCGGAGGCCUGGAGUUUACUGCCUGCCCCUUCAGCGGCUGGUACAUGGGCACUGAGAUCGGAGUCCGCGAUUACUGUGAUAACUCUCGCUACAACAUGCUGGAGGAAGUAGCCAAAAAGAUGAACCUGGACAUGAGGAAAACCUCCUCGCUGUGGAAAGACCAGGCACUGGUGGAGAUUAACAUCGCUGUUCUGUACAGCUUCCAGAGCGACAAGGUGACCAUUGUGGACCAUCACUCAGCCACAGAGUCCUUCAUCAAGCACAUGGAGAAUGAGUAUCGUUGUCGCGGGGGGUGCCCAGCCGACUGGGUGUGGAUCGUCCCACCGAUGUCCAGCAGCAUCACCCCAGUCUUCCAUCAGGAAAUGCUCAACUAUCGGCUCACGCCCUCCUUCGAGUACCAGCCUGAUCCUUGGAACACGCACAUCUGGAAAGGGGUCAAUGGGACUCCAACCAAAAAGAGAGCCAUCGGUUUUAAAAAACUGGCCAAAGCCGUGAAGUUCUCUGCCAAGCUGAUGGGGCAGGCAAUGGCCAAGAGGGUCAAAGCGACCAUCCUCUAUGCCACGGAAACGGGAAAGUCCCAGGUCUAUGCAAAAACCUUAUGUGAAAUCUUCAAGCAUGCUUUCGAUGCCAAGGUGAUGUCCAUGGAUGAGUAUGACAUCGUCCACCUGGAACACGAAACCCUCGUCCUGGUGGUCACUAGCACCUUUGGCAACGGAGACCCACCAGAGAAUGGGGAGAAAUUCGGCUGUGCGAUGAUGGAAAUGAGGAAUCCCAACUCUCACCUGGAAGAGAGGAAGAGCUACAAGGUCCGUUUUAACAGCGUCUCCUCGUACUCGGACGCACGGAAGUCUUCAAGUGACGAGCCCGAAGCCAGGGACAACUUUGAGAGCACAGGGCCUCUGGCUAAUGUCAGGUUCUCGGUGUUCGGCCUAGGAUCACGUGCCUACCCCCACUUCUGUGCCUUUGCCCGUGCCGUCGACACCCUGCUGGAGGAGCUGGGAGGGGAGCGCAUCCUCCGCAUGGGGGAGGGGGAUGAGCUCUGUGGCCAGGAAGAGUCUUUCAGGACGUGGGCCAAAAAGGUCUUCAAGGCAGCGUGCGAUGUGUUCUGUGUGGGAGACGACGUGAACAUUGAGAAGGCCAACAACUCCCUCAUCAGCAACGACCGGAGCUGGAAGAGGAGCAAGUUCCGCCUGACCUACAUGGCUGAGGCCCCCGAGCUUACACAAGGUCUGUACAGUAUUCACAAAAAGCGAGUCUAUGCCGCCCGGCUUCUCAUGCGCCAGAAUCUGCAGAGCCCAAAAUCCAGUCGGUCAACAAUUUUCCUGCGACUUCACACCAACGGGCAGCAGGAGCUGCGCUACCAGCCUGGAGACCACCUGGGAGUGUUUCCAGGCAACCACGAGGACUUGGUCAGUGCCCUGAUGGAAAGACUCGAGGAUGCACCCCCAGCCAACCAGCUGGUGAAGGUGGAGCUCUUGGAGGAGAGGAGCACAGCUUUAGGUGUGAUCAGUAACUGGACGGAUGAGAACCGCAUCCCACCUUGCACCAUCUUCCAGGCAUUUAAGUGCUACCUGGACAUCACCACGCCUCCCACCCCACUGCUGCUGCAGCAGUUUGCCUUACUGGCCACAAGCGACAAGGAAAAGAAACGUCUGCAGGCCCUUAGCAAGGGCUUGCAGGAAUACGAGGAGUGGAAAUGGUCCAAGAACCCCACCGUGGUGGAGGUGCUGGAGGAGUUCCCGUCCGUGCAGAUGCCCUCCACCCUGCUGCUCACCCAGCUGCCCGUGCUGCAGCCUCGCUAUUACUCCAUCAGCUCCUCCCCUGACAUGUCCCCGGACGAGGUGCACCUCACCGUGGCCGUGCUCUCCUACCGGACUAGAGAUGGGGAAGGACCGAUACACCAUGGGGUCUGUUCUUCUUGGUUCAACCGGAUACAGGCUGAUGAAGUUGUGCCCUGUUUUGUAAGAGGAGCUCCUGGGUUCCACAUGCCACAAGAUCCCCAGGUUCCCUGCAUCCUGAUUGGCCCAGGUACGGGAAUCGCCCCGUUCCGGAGCUUUUGGCAGCAGCGGCUCUUUGAGAUCGAGCACAAAGCACUGAAGCCCUGUCCGAUGAUUUUGGUCUUUGGGUGCCGACAGUCCAAAAUCGACCACAUUUACAAAGAGGAGACCCUCCUAGCCAAAAACAAAGGCAUCUUCAAAGAGCUCUACACAGCCUACUCCCGGGAACCAGACAAACCAAAGAAAUACGUGCAGGACGUGCUGCAGGAGCAGCUGGCUCAGUCGGUGUACAAAGCGCUGAAGGAGCAGGGAGGCCACAUCUACGUGUGCGGGGAUGUCACCAUGGCCGGGGAUGUCUUCAAGGCCAUUCAGCGCAUCGUGAAGCAGCAGGGGCAGCUGUCCGUGGAGCAGGCCGGUGCUUUCAUUAGCAAGCUGAGGGAUGACAACCGAUACCACGAGGAUAUUUUUGGAGUCACCUUGCGUACGUAUGAAGUGACUAACCGCCUUAGAUCUGAGUCAAUUGCGUUCAUUGAGGAAAGCAAAAAGGACACGGAUGAGGUUUUCUGCUCAUAACCAGAACCCCUUGCCCCAGACGGGAUGCCAAACCAGUUGCAGCGGCAGCCGCCCCCCUCCAGCUGGAGGGUGCUGGGUUUUGUAUUUACACGGACACGGCGGCUCCUUUUCUGCAGGGCCUGCCCACGGAAAGUGCUCUGUCUCUCGUCCUGUCGUUGUGUCCCGAUGAUGAUGGUUUCCCUUUCCUUUCUCUCUCUGUCGUCCUGUGGCGGUUUCUUUUCACUCCUUAUUUCCCUCCUCGGAGUCCCCCGCUGAAGUGCGAUGGCUUUAUAAUCCACAGUGGCUCUUACGAAACUACGUUUCUUCUUCUCUCGGUCCAACGAGGGUGUUUCGCGGCUGCAUGAAAUCACCACCUUCGUGAUCAUCUGCAUUCGUUGGUGUCUGGGGGGAUGGGGCUGGAGGGGGGGGAGCUGGCUGUUCCGGAUCAGGCAGUGAGGACUGGAGAGACCCCUUUCCCCACCUCAACGUGGAACUUGGCUGAAUCGCUGCAUCUUCCUCGCUUUGCUUUGGCCUCUCCCGGCCUGGCCCAUGUGGAUGGAAAGGAAGUAUCACCCCCUUUCUUGCUGGUGAUGGAGGCCCCAGAGCUUUGUUUUUUUUGAGGGGUGGAGUUCAUCUGUGUUCAUGGGUAACAAUUCACCUAAGUGAGCUCUGUGCUGUUUGUAUUGUCAGUCCCACGCCCCGCCCCCCCUUGCCUAGUCCUCUCGUGCCUGUGUGCCCUGUGCUGAUCCUGCUGCUGCAAAAGUCUUCACUGGCAAUGUGCAAGCACAGCAUGUGCAGACAGGUGUUUCUGCAACAGGGCAGCCCGUGGAUGCUCUCUGGUCACGGGGAAGCACAGGGUGUACUGCCCACUCUGCAUCCAAACCUUUCCAGCCUCCGAUGGGAGUUAAGGGUAAAUGUGGCCAGCCGGCAUGAGAGGGCUACAGGUUAGCUGAGAUCCCUGGAGGAAAGAUUUGUGAAGCGGGGGGGGGUUGCGUCCUGUCACUUCCCUGGAUUAACAGGGCGCUGGCAGUGGGCACGAGUCGUCUCCAGCAAGGCCAGAAUAUGUAAGGUGACAAGGCUGGGAGGCGGAGUAGCUCUGAAGCCAUCUCUGCCCAGGUCCAAGCAGCACCUGCUUAUAAAAAGGUUGAUAGUAAGCCAGUAAGUAGCCACUCUAUGGGGUCUGCUACGGCCAUUUCUGACCCCAUGUAACGCCCCCUUCAAUGAGUAACAAUUACCUUGAAUACUCAAAGCAUGGCAAGUCUGUCCUAGCGCAAUCUUGUGAGAUGUCCUUUCUCAGGGGCGGCCCCCCAAGGAGCUGCAACGCUCUCGUGGUGCCAGGCUGGCUGCAACAGGUGCCUCCAUGCUGCAAAAAAACCCAAAUCCUCUCCAUGCCCACUCUGCCUGCUGCACACUCGGUGCCACCAUUCAAACUGCACAAGGCCUCUGGGCCGGGAGCUCUCAGGAGAGAGGGGGAGCAAGCCCAAGAAAGAGGCACCGGUGCUGUCUAACACCAGGCUCUGAGGUGCUGACCGCUCAGAUCCACUGCACAAAUCCAGCCCUGCGAGAGACUCUAACAGGGAUGGCUACCAUCCUGGCAGCCCCGAGGUCACUCCCCUUUUCCAGGUAGAAACUUUGCGCCCCCCCCCUCCAUGCUGGCAUGCGCUUGCUCUUGCUCGCUCGUACGCUCGCUCUCUCUCUUAGGCGGAGGGGCUUUCUCUAGUUGCCAGGUUCUUUGGGGGUGUUGGGAGCCGUCAGUCCCUUCCCCCACCUGCGCUGUACAUAGCCAUCUACUGGGGCUAGACUGCAGGCAGCAAUAGCAAACUGGUGCCUUCGGGUAGGCACUGGACCCCCUCCUGCCGCCAGCAUAGGGAGUUACCACCAAGGGGUCAGGACUUGGGCAUGGCAAAGGGAGAAGGUCCCCACAACCGCUGUCACCGAGGGGUUGUUUUCAGAGACCAGGAUCUGCCACUGACUCCCCCAGAGCCAAGCUUCUAACAAAGUGAGUCCAGCCAGGUCUGAAGUCUCCCUCGGCCUAAGUGCGACUUGGCAGCUGGGUUGCUUGCCUUCAGCUCACGUUCACUGGUCUCACGCUAUACGGUGACCACAGGGUUGCUUUGGUUUUGCUGCCUAGAACCUCCAAGGUUGGUAGGCGCUCGCGUGUGCUGCCUACUGCCACAGCAACGUCCCUGGUCUUUACCCGCCCUGACUACCACAGAUGGAUCUGACCCAAAACCCUGGGCCCAGAGGUCCCAGAGCUUCGGGAAAGCUCAGCUCCAGGCUUUUUGCUGCCCCAAUCCAUCUCUUCGGAGUGUAUUGCUCAGCGAGCCUGCAGGACCUUAAAUAGGGACAUGCACAAAUGCUGCCACCUUGUGGUAAUUUGCAUGCACGCUGUUCUGUGAGGGUGGCCCAAUGUGUUGCCCUAUGAGGAUGAAUAAAGAUCCCUGGCUAAGCCCCUGUUCGGUUACAAAAUCACCACUGUAGCGUGGUUACAAGUGACAUGGUUCAGUUUGCAGCAAGGACUGUAUGUUUGCACCCGCCCUGCUGUCUCACAGUGUUUGCCCCGCAGUGCGUUCUGAACAGCUAUCCCGCAGUGCAUCUGCAAGGACUACCGGGCCCAGGGGCCAUGUACACAGCGCUGCUCAUGGAGAAAUGGAUUCUGGGCUGUCCCACUGCACAGAGUGAGGGGGUGAAAGAGACCAGCCCGACUAGGGAAAAUAGAGGCUCCUGUCUAUACUGCAAACCCCCAAGGUGCACCAGCUUAGGUCCCUGGGAGGGGGCAGGUGCGGUUAGCUGCCGCGAUUACUAACCAGGUGGUAUGCAGGCAUAAACCACAUCUGGAGCCAUCAGUUCCAUGUGCUGAUUACAAAGUCUGGUCGCUGUUGUGUAACCGGGGCUAGAGCUCUAGCCAGUUGCAGGGAGCUCUUUAGUGGGGCCGAGAGCUCAGGCAGGCAGCGACCCUUCCAGCUGCAUGUCCUGGUACCCUGGAAGCUGAUGGGAGGAGAGAAUGAGGAGCGCAUCAAGGGCAGAAGGAUGCCUUUGCUAGAGAUUGUGUCUCACAAAUCUGUGUAGGGAUCCAGUCCCUGGGGGCGGGGGAAGAGAUGAGAGAUCCCUUACUCCACCCUUCCCCAUACACACACCAUCCCAACACUGGGGAAGUUUGGAUCCGGAUCCAGCUCAGAACUCUACGGCUGACCUUCCUGUAAGGUGCCAGAGCAAAACCCUGCUUCUCCCUUUAACCACCCCACACAAACUGUGGGGAGAGUUUGAAUUUGGAUCCAAACUUUGCUCCAGGCCCAUCUUUCCUGGAAAUAUCAAUGCCACCUGGAAGCAAAGGAAUGCCCAAAGAAAUGUACUUUACCCCUUCCUCUUUCCGCCUGUGUACUUCAUGUUCAUUGCUGCUGUUCAUUUUCCCAUUCAGUCCUGUGCUCCUGUGACAGCCCCGCUCUGGAAUUAGCUUUGCAGGUACGGAUGCUCCCUGUCUGUAUCUGACUAAGAGGCUGGCUUUGGCAGGAUAGGUUGUGUCUCCUCUUCCUCCUGUCCAAAAUACCCAUGAGCCGCACUAAAAAGCACAGCAAUGGAGGAGGCAUGGCAUCCAGAUUCAGCCUCUCCCCUCGCUAAAGGCUGGAAUUUCCCCAGGUGCCUAUUUAGUUGCAGAGGUGGUGUCCUUGCUGUGGCGUCCGUGAGCUAAGCCAAAUACAUCAGGCCAGAUGCUAAGCUGCUGCAAAUCUCUCUAGCACCAAUGAAGUUGCUCUGAUUUACCCCAGUGGAGGAUCUUCUUCAGGGGCUGCUGAUAUUCUGAAAGGGAAAACUUUAUGGUCUACACUAAUGGUGCUACUACCGUCAGGCUACACAGGUGUGGCUAUUGCUAGAGUGAGAUCUGUUGCUGGGUUUGGAAUUGUUAUUAUAAUUUCUUAAUUACUCACAUAGUUCCCUAGAGGAUCAUGGUCCUUCUCAGAACAGAUAGAGAUGGGUGGUGCUCAGCAUGGCCCUCAUUUUGUUUCUGCGGGGAGUUUCAGCACGGGCAUCAAUGCGAGCACAGUUAAGGCCACGCUGAGUGCUUAUGAAAGCCCAUCCCCAAUCAGCACUGUUUAUCACCUGCAUUGAGAUGGCAGAAUCUCGUGAGGUACUAAGGACCCCCAACUUCCAUUGGCUUCAGUGGGAGACGGGGCAAUCAUCAUGCUGCAGCAUUGGGCCUGAGGGCAAUAGCAGUUACAGUCAUAGAAUAUCAGGGUCUGACAGGACCUCAGGAGGUCAUCUAGUCCAACCUCCUGCUCAAAGCAGGACCAAUCCCCAACUAAAUCAUCCCAGCCAGGGCUUUGUCAAGCCUGACCUUAUAAAUCUCUAAGGAAGGAGAUUCCACCCCGUCCCUAGGUAACCCAUUCUAGUGCUUCACCACCCUCCUAGUGACAUAGUGUUUCUUAAUAUCCAACCUAAACCUCCCCAACUGCAACUUGAGACCAUUACUCCUUGUUCUGUCAUCUGCCACCACUGAGAACGGUCUAGAUCCAUCCUCUUUGGAACCCCCUUUCAGGGAGUUGAAAGCAGCUAUCAAAUCCCCCCUCAUUCUUCUCUUCCGCAGACUAAACAAUCCAAGUUCUCUCAGCCUCUCCUCAUAAGUCAUGUGCUCCAGCCCCCUAAUCAUUUUUGUUGCCCUCUGCUGGACUCUCCAAUUUUCCACAUCCUUCUGUAGUGUAGGGCCCAGAACUGGACAGUAAUUAUAGCUUUGCAUGCACCAAGCCGCACUCACCCGCAAUGCAUUAUUCCCUUGUAAUCUUGUUCCAAAUCUAUCCCAGGCUGUGGGAUUUCAGCUCUGGCUUCUCUCAUAUAACUACCUUUAUUUACUAAAACUUCCGGGGUGAUGGAAAAAGCUAAUGAGAUCGUGGAUUGAAAGCGUUUCGUUCCAGGACUGAAAUGGGCUCUAGUGGGGUCAGGGGUUUCUGAGUUUUGCUAAAGCUAUGAUGAUGGCAUGUGACCUAUUUACACAUCACAGCACAUGCUUCUCUUCUCCCUGCUGAGACAGUAUUACAACAGGACACGGCCUGGACUCUAAAAUGCCCCGUGCGGGUACUGUUGCCUAUAAGGGCCAAUGACGAGAAGCUGCAAAGCUAAUUUCAAACACAGUCGUUUAUAGACUCUCUGCUGGUGAGAGCUGCUCACAGCGAGAUGCUAAUCACACAGGAAAGUACCUUUCUUUCUCAUUCGUGUCCCAAAGUGUGGGCCAGAUUAUGUGGGCAUGACUCAGAGGCAGUAAAACCAGCUGUGUAUGGCUCCCCCGCUGGUUUAAGGGAUCCCACAGGCUAGUUCUUUACAGCAGCUUGCUCUGAAUCACCACUGAAUAGAGUUAGUUGGAAAAUGGUCUAUAUGUGGGGGUGGGACUGGGUUUUCAUGGAAAAUGUGGAUUUUGUUGGGUCCUGUUGGGAUCCAGGAAGUGGGUGGGCGGAAAUUCAAAUACUGAAAACUGAAAUCUUUGGGGUUUGAGGCAUUGUUUUUUUGACGAAAAAUCUAAAAUUUCCAUGGAAAGUGGGCAGUUUGAGCCUCCCCCUUCCUCUCCCCCCACACAAAGUUUAGUCAAAAAUCAAUUCUCCAACCAAAAAAACAGCUCUGACAGAAAAUUUUCAACUAGUUCUACUUGAAAAUGUAGCAAAACAGACAAUAAAUGCAGCAACCCCUGCCCCAUCUGCUCUGGAGUUUACCCUGUGUUUGAAAGAAUUAGGGUUUUUUUAAGUUGUGUGUUCAAAAAAUGUAAAAGUUUGUGUUUCCACAAGUGCCAACCAACAAGCAGCUUUAGCUUUACUAAUGAGGUUCCAGACAUUUUGCAUGUGUCAUCGAUUCCAGGGUGAGCUGAUUGCACCCAUCCAAGGCUGUGUUCGACUCUGCUAAAGAGUGCUGAGUUCAUAGCAGAAUCCAGUCACUUCAUUUCAAAAACAACUGCAGCUGGUUGAACAAUGCAAAACCAAAAAAUGGGGACAUUUUUGUUGAAAUUUUUCAUUGACAUUUUAAAAUUAGACUGAGUUUUGACCAGCACUU